CCCUCCCAAACCUCCCCCCGAUAGUUAACUCUUAUUGGUCAACUUGACUAGCUUUCGAAUCACCUGGGAGACUCACCUCUUGGUAUGUCUGGGAGAUUUAGCUGAAGAGGGAUGAUUCAUCUUAAAAGUGGGCGCCACCAUCCCCUAGGCUAGGAUCCUCAACUGAAUAAACAGAAAGGGAGCUGAAGGCACCAGCAUUCAUCUCUCUUUCUCUGUGAGGAUACAGGGCGACCAGCUACCUCUUACUAUGGCUCUUGUAUUUCCUACCAUGAUAGAAAGUAUCCUCAAAAAGUGAGCCACAAUAAAUCCUCCUUCCUUAUGUUGCCUUUGUCGGGUGUUUGGUCACAGUGCUGACAAAAGUGAACUAACACACUCACACAACAUCAGUGAGCCUAUCUUUACCCAUCCGGAGAGUAGCCACUAUCGCUACAAAUACAAUAAAUACAAUAAAAGUUCUGCCAAGUGAAAUUUAGAGACUAUCUUGAAAAGGUAGCUUUAGGCAGAGGAUUGUGGGAUAAUGUCAUUGGUGGUAUAAUGUGACAGUUAACAACCGCCAAGGAAUAAAAGUCUUAGUUCCUUUGCAGCUCAGUUUUGUUCCCUGUACAAUCUAGAUAAUGGGGAAAUGUGUUCAAGUUAUGAAGAUAAAUUUGUGCUGGGCAGAUGGCUCAGUUGAUAAAGUGCCUACUAUGAGGACCUGAUUUUGGUGCCUAGAACCCAGGUGAAAAUGCCAGGUAUGACAGACAGUAGAUGCUUGCAAACCUAACUGGGGAAGUGGACACAGGAGAAUCCCUGGGACAACCUACUUGGUCAGCCUAACCUAACGGGUGAGCUCCAAGCCAAUGAGAGACCCUGCCUCAAAAAAGCAAGGUGAUGGCUCCUGGGGAAUAACACCUGAGUUUGACCUCUGACCUCCACACGCAUGUAUUUGCACACAUAUACCUACCUAAACAGUUACUUACCCACAUGUAUGUGCAAACAUUUGCUAAAUAAAUAUAUAAGAUACACUUAGUGAUAAGUGAAUAUAUUUCAUUGUAAAGGUAGUUACAGUUAUAACUGGUCAUAUCUAGAUCUUUAAGAUACUUUCUAUGGAUAGGGGUGUGAGUGUGUAUGUUAUGAGUGUUCACAGAGCCCAGACGAGGUCUGACCAUCAGAUCCUCUGGAGCUAGAGUUACAGGUGGUUGUGAGCCACCUGAUAUGGAUGCUGGGAGUCAAACUCAGGUUUGUUUGAUUGCUUGUUUUUCCUCAUUGUUGUUUUGUUGUUGUUUUGUUUUUACAAGAUCCCAAAGUGCUCUUAACCACUGAGCCAUUUCUCAGCCUCCAGAUCUACAUCUGUUGGAAGUAGACCUAAAGGAACAGGGCAUGAUUUUUCCAAAUGCUACGGUUUUCGAAACAUUAUCUGUCCGUUCUUUGACGUUCUCCUGAUCAAACAGUAGCAUUUAAUCCUCCUCUGGUGGCUUAUGUUCUGGCUUUAGAGUCUUACUUCUAGUGAAAAAGAAUUCAGUGGAAAGAAGGCCUCAGGACUCCUAAGGCUGUGGUCAUGAAGGGUAACAGAGCUUCUGCACUCUUUGGGAACACGAAGUUUGAAACCCAGAGCCACCAUAUAAAACAAAACAAAACAAAACAAACCGGGGCUGCCUGGAAUCCAUGUUGCAUAGUCCACCUGGAAAGAGAUAGGUUCCUCAAGGAACCCCUUCUGUAAGUGUUUGCCCACUACACUCACCAGACACAUAGGUUAGCCAGUUUAGACACCAGAUGUCCCCAUUCCCAAGUCUUGACCCAAUGGCAAAUUCAUGAGCAAAAUAAAUGUGGCUCUUGCUUUAAGCCACUAACUUUUUAUAUAGCAAUAAAUCACGCGUGCAGGAAGGCAGUAUUCUUGUGCUUCAUUAGGAGAAUUUUUUUUCUAAACACAAGAAGUAGAAGACUGCGAUGAUGAAGGUGCUGAUAGCCACGCUAAUAGUAAUAAACGUAACAACAGAGAACACUUAUUGAGCACUUGUUUAAUGUAGCAGUCACUGUGCUAAAGGCUUUAUAUGGACAUAAAAACGGCCAAUGAGGUUUUUCUUGGCAAGUCUUGGCCUCACCUGCCAUCACUGUACUGUGAGCAACAGCCUUUUUUGUACAGGGGAGUUAGGUCAGCCAAGAGCUUUAGACAUCUUGCAGCCAAGUCUCUGGCAGUUGGCCUGGACCACUGCGGAGCACUACUGGGUACAGACCAGAGGAUAGGACGGUCUCUCAAUGGCUUCACCCCAAAUGGCCAUCGCUCUGGUUGAAUGUGAAGUGUCUCCCUCAGACUCAGGCUUAUCUAAAUCCCUCGGGCUCAUCGAAGGGUAUGGUGGGCGGGGCAAAGGAGGCCUUCCUGCCACCCUUUCCCCCUCUGAAGAAGAAAAAGCCAAAGGACCUCAUGAGAAGUAUGGCUACAAUUCCUACCUCAGUGAAAAGAUCUCCUUGGACCGGUCUAUUCCAGAUUAUCGCCCUACCAAGUGUAAGGAGCUCAAAUACUCCAAGGAGUUACCCCAGAUAUCCAUCAUCUUCAUCUUCGUGAAUGAGGCCCUGUCAGUGAUACUGCGGUCAGUCCACAGCGCCGUCAAUCACACGCCCACACACCUGCUGAAGGAGAUUAUCCUGGUGGAUGACAACAGCGAUGAAGAGGAGCUGAAGGCCCCCCUGGAGGAAUAUGUCCACAAACGCUAUCCUGGGCUGGUGAAGGUGGUACGCAAUCAAAAGAGAGAGGGCCUGAUCCGAGCACGCAUCGAGGGCUGGAAGGUGGCCACUGGCCAGGUCACUGGCUUUUUCGACGCUCACGUGGAAUUCACUGCUGGCUGGGCUGAGCCCGUUCUGUCCCGCAUCCAGGAAAACCGGAAGCGGGUCAUCCUCCCCUCCAUCGACAACAUCAAGCAGGACAACUUCGAAGUACAGCGCUAUGAGAACUCCGCCCACGGGUACAGCUGGGAGCUGUGGUGCAUGUACAUCAGCCCCCCGAAAGACUGGUGGGACGCCGGAGAUCCCUCUCUCCCCAUCAGGACACCAGCCAUGAUUGGCUGCUCGUUUGUGGUCAACAGGAAAUUCUUUGGUGAAAUUGGUCUGCUGGACCCUGGGAUGGAUGUGUAUGGAGGAGAGAAUAUUGAACUUGGAAUCAAGGUAUGGCUCUGUGGCGGCAGCAUGGAGGUCCUUCCGUGUUCAAGGGUGGCCCACAUUGAGCGGAAGAAGAAACCGUAUAACAGCAACAUCGGCUUCUAUACCAAGAGGAACGCACUCCGAGUAGCCGAGGUCUGGAUGGAUGACUACAAGUCACAUGUGUACAUAGCGUGGAAUCUGCCUCUGGAGAAUCCAGGCAUCGAUAUCGGCGACGUCUCAGAAAGAAAGGCAUUAAGGAAAAGUUUGAAGUGUAAGAACUUCCAGUGGUACUUGGACCAUGUUUACCCGGAAAUGAGAAGAUACAACAACACCAUCGCAUACGGGGAGCUUCGUAAUAACAAGGCCAAGGAUGUCUGCCUGGACCAGGGGCCACUGGAAAACCACACAGCAAUACUCUACCCAUGCCACGGUUGGGGACCACAGCUCGCCCGCUACACCAAGGAAGGCUUCCUGCACUUGGGUGCUCUGGGGACCACCACUCUCCUCCCUGAUACCCGCUGCCUGGUAGACAACUCCAAGAGCCGGUUGCCGCAGCUCCUGGAUUGUGACAAGGUCAAGAGUAGCUUGUACAAGCGUUGGAACUUCAUCCAGAAUGGAGCCAUCAUGAAUAAGGGCACAGGGCGCUGCCUAGAAGUGGAGAACCGGGGCCUGGCCGGUAUCGACCUAAUCCUUCGGAGCUGUACAGGACAGAGAUGGACAAUCAAGAAUCCCAUUAAGUAGAUGAACAGAAGGAGGGCACAUGGAGCCCAGACCCACGGCGGGGCCUGGUCAUCCUCAGAACCAGCCACACGGUGGAGAGACAGCAGGCACCCAGAGGAUGCUCUGUGGACCUCUCAGGGCUCCUCCAGGGCAGCCCCGGACAAAGGUGUUAAGUCCCCCUCAGGCGUUCUGCCUGUAUACUUUGAAGAUUUCCCCCUCACUCUUAUCUGGGGACCAAGAGCUGCAACUUCUGGGUACUAAGGGGUGAGGCUGCUCAUAUCUCUCCACCGUAUCAUCUACCCCAGCAUCAGCAGCUGGGACUGGCAGGGUCCCUCUUCCUCUCCUCCUCCUCUUCUUCCUCUUCUUCUCUUCCUUUUCCUCCUCCCAUUCUCUUUCUCUUCUCUCUCUUUUCCUCCUUCCAUUCUCUCUCUUACCCUCUCUCCUUUCUUUUCCUCCCUCCUUCCCUUUUCUUCCUCCUCCUACCCCCUCUCUCUUCCCCCUCUUUUCCUCCCUCCCUCUUCCUCCUCCUCCCAUUCUCUCUCUCUUCUCCUCUUUCCUUCCCUCUUCCUCCUCCCCUUCUCUCCCCCCUCUCUUCCUCCCUCCUGCUCCUCCUCCUCUUCCUCCCCAUUCUCUCUCUCUCCCCCCUCCUCUCUUCUCUUCUCUUCCCCCGCCCCAUUCUUUGCUGCAGCUGCUUUGUGUAAUUCACCCUGGACCUCCAAGACAUGGGGGUCAAUGAUGGCUUUAGCCACAUCCUAGCUCCUCCCUCUUGGAGAAGCAAGCAGUGAGACCCCCAAGGCUUCAUUUCUCCUGAGGACACUUUGGCCCAGAGGCCUGUUUGCAUCCCAAGGCAGCAGCCACUCGAGACCUUCCCAGUAAGGUGGCUUUGGGACAACGGUUCUGGACUCCUCUGGAUUGUUCCUGAGGUUCCCUGUCCCAGUCACCUGGAGUCCUAAAUACGAACAACAUCAGCACUUGAGCCUGUGUCUGGAGAGAGCCGGAAGUCUGCUGAGCAUGCUGGAUGCUCUCAGCAUCUGGCUGGGACAGCUCCGCCUGCCAAGGGUGAGGUGCUCUCUGGUUUUGUGGAGCAGCAAGGGUCUUCCGUGCAGGACAUAAGGACUGAAGAUGGGCACAGGGCCCUCUGCGCCGCUUACUGCUCAGUUCAUUUCACCCCAUGCUUUGCUGACUGAUGGGGGACAGAAGCGGCCAUUUUCCUCUUUUAAGAGUGACUGCUUCUUUCCAAUUGCCCUCUGGUUAGGGUGCACUUAUAAAUCAGAGUUAAUAUAUGGAUGCGUCUGCAUGCACGGGGAAGCGAGAGAGUGCCUGCCUGAGUGAUGCGUGUGGCUGGGUGUGUGUUUGUGUGCUUGAGUGUGUGAGUGUGCUCAAGAACUAGUCUUGGGCUUGUAGCUUCAUUGCUCAGUGGAUAGGGACAGGGAUGCCUAGAAGAAUGGGGGUGGGCAUGUCCCUGGAUCACGGGCCCAGGGGACAUGGCUGGGUUUUAUGUGCUAGGGUACCCUUUCUCUAUCCCCUCCCCCAAUCCCUUACUGUCCUUGGCCAUCUUCUGCCCAGAGCCAAACCCUGUAGGUGCCCAGUGUGGGAUCCAGUAUCUCAUGUGGUGGUAUCUUUAUUGGUGAUCAUCUCCUCGCCCCACCCUACCCCCACCUUGUGAAAUAAAUAUGUCAGCAAUCCCACAAUGCAACCUUCGGCCUCAUCCGCUCUUUGGGUUUUGUAUUGUUUGCUUUUGUUGCUGUUACUUUGCAGUUGGGGUUUAAAUCGAACUCAAGUACUCUACCCCCAAAAUCCAUAUCCCCGACAAAUAAGCUUGACUCUUCCCAUACCCAAUGACAAUAGGAGAAUUUCUGAGACACAGUGAAGCAUUUUUGGGGUUUAAAGGCAGUUGAAGCUUGUUCUGUUUGGAGACAAAGCCUCAGUCUAAAAGACCAGGGAUAGAAAUGCCCUGACAAUAAAGCAGGUUAGGGGAGGAGAGGGUUUACCUGGCCCAUAAUUCCAGGUUACAAUCGAUCAUUUCAGGGAAGUUGAAGCAGGAAUCUGAAGCAUCUGGUUACGUUUAUGUCCACAGUCAAAGUCAGAGAGAAAUGAAUGCAUGUGUGUUUGCUUGUGUUCAACUCAGCUUCUCUGCUUUUAUAAAGUCCAGGGUUUCCUGCCUAGGGAAUGGUAUUGCCCACAGUGGGUUGUGUCUUCCCAAAUGGAUUAACUUCACUAAGACAUCUUAGACCUUCCCAGUAUAGACUAUUCCUAUUGAGACUCUCUUUCUGGGUGAUUCUAGAUUGAGUCAAGUUGACAAUUAAAGUUAAUCAUCAUUGCCACCA